GACACAUAGCUGUUCCCAUGAGUGGCUCCAGGAAACUUUUUCGCAAACUUAAUUUAGGAAACGAACUACUUUACGCAUUGUUUUGGGGGAGGGGUCGCAGGACGAAUGCAAACCCCCCACACAGGAGCCCCCGCAUAAUCUGUAAUGUGACAAAAAGAGCUGUUGGAGGGCGGGCCACGUUACAGCAUAGAUAAAAGCCCAUAUGCUGUUCUCCAAUGACACAGCAAGCGACGUCAGGCUCUGAUAUUACAUUUACCAAAGUUGAACCCUCGGAGCCCUCCAACGUGGCGAUCUCCUUGCCACCCAAAGAGUGCGAUAAAAAUACAGCAGUGGGUCUGAACGACAGGACUAACAACGGAACAGAUAACAGAGAGGCUGUCAGACCAAGUUUACGGUUUUAACAAAAACUACAAGGCAACUCCCCCCUUAAAACGGGGCAGCAAGAUGGAGAAGCCACCGUUGCCCAGUGACGAGGAUGGCUGUAGACUGGCUGAAGGCCGUUCGGACCUGGCUCUGGUCUCUCUAGAUGAUGGUGAGGCUUUGGGUGUUGAGCAGCAGGGAGAUGACAGGCCUGCUUGGGAUAGUAAGAUACAGUAUGUGCUCGCCCAGGUGGGCUUCAGUGUUGGCCUGGGAAAUGUCUGGAGGUUCCCUUACCUCUGUCACCAAAAUGGAGGAGGUGCAUUUAUGCUACUGUACGUGAUGCUGUUGCUCAUUAUUGGGGUUCCUUUGUUCUUCAUGGAGUUGGCCGCUGGGCAGAGCAUCCGCCAGGGCAGCAUCGGGGUCUGGAAACACAUCUCACCCCGUCUCGCAGGCAUCGGCUACUCUAGCUGCAUGGUGUGCUUCUUUGUGGCCCUGUAUUAUAAUGUGAUCAUUGCGUGGGCACUGUUUUAUAUGGGAAAUUCAUUUCAAUAUCCAUUGCCGUGGGAAAAGUGCCCUGUCGAUCUGAUCACAAACCAGACAGUGAAGGAAUGUGCGGCAAGCUCUCCUACCUCCUAUUUCUGGUUCAGGAAGGCUUUGGACAUCUCAGACUCCAUAGAUCAGUCAGGAGAAUUUAACGCCAUCAUGACUGGUUGUCUUCUUGCCGCCUGGGCCGUAGUGUGUCUUGCUAUGAUUAAAGGCAUCAAGUCUUCUGCAAGGGUUAUGUAUUUCUCUUCUGUGUUCCCUUACGCUGUGCUGAUCUGUUUUCUCAUCCGGGGGCUCAUGUUGGAUGGGGCGAUAGAUGGCAUCAAGUACAUGUUUUAUCCUAAGCUGGAGAUUUGGGGAGAGGUGCAGGUGUGGCGCCAGGCAGCGACGCAGGUGUUUUUUGCCUUGGGUCUCGGUUACGGCUCUGUGAUUGCUUAUUCAUCCUACAACCCUGUACAUAAUAACUGCCACCGUGAUGCCCUUAUGGUCUCUGGCAUCAACUUCAUGACAUCAGUGUUGGCCUCUCUUGUCGUCUUUGUGGUCCUCGGUUUCAGAGCCAAGAACAUUGCGCUAAAAUGUGUUCAAACUAAUGUGGCCACACUGGCACAAACGGCAGCAACAGGUUCAUCCCAGCAUUGGUGGCCAUGGUUUAACAUGUCUGACCCCAAAUCCGUAGAUCUUCAGGAAUACAGAGAAUGGUAUGGCCAUUAUGGAAGUAUGCUAGGGUCGAAUAUAACGGACUGUGACCUGGAAAGAGAAAUGAGCAAGGGUGUGGAGGGGACGGGUUUGGCGUUUAUAGCAUUCACAGAAUCGAUGGCUUUGUUUCCUGCAAGUCCGUUUUGGUCCGCUUUGUUCUUUCUCAUGCUGUUAAAUCUGGGUCUUUCCACCAUGUUCGGCACUAUGCAGGGGAUUCUCACCCCACUUAUGGACAACUUCAGAGCACUGGGGCGCCACAAGACCAUGUUAACAGUGUGCAGCUGUAUCCUGGGCUUCAUCAUUGGCCUGCUCUUUACUCAAAAAAGUGGCAACUAUUUUGUGACGAUGUUUGACGAUUAUUCCGCCACAUUGCCUCUGAUCAUCGUUGUAAUUUUUGAGACCAUCAGUGUGGCUUGGAUUUAUGGUGCUGAUCGGUUCUUGGACGAUAUUGAGGUGAUGCUACAAUGGCGCCCUCCGGUGGUGUAUCGCUACUUGUGGAAAUAUGUGUGCCCACUUGGUAUGAUAGGGCUGCUGGCUGCUAGUCUUCUUCGUAUGGUCUUCAAAAGACCCACUUACACAGCGUGGGACCACAGCACGGGUUCUGAAACUAGUCUCGAGUACCCUGACUGGGCACUGGCAAUGCUCUCCAUGCUUAUCAUCACAGCAACGCUCCCUGUUCCCAUUGGCUACCUCAUCUCGUUUCUCAAGAAUAGGUGGAGCCAAACCGCGGAAGAGGGCGAAGCUGAGCGUCCAAGAGAACAUUACACCAAAUGCAAUUCCACAGAUGAAGAACCAAAUAACCAUCACUCUCCACAGAAUGAAAACGGUAGUCAACACCAUUCCACUUUCCUGACUCGGAGUAUCGAGCACUACAGACUGAUCCCACAACGGGAGGAUGCUGAGGAAGAGGAAGACACAGUGGUAUGAGACACGGGAAAAGGUGGACAGGCAGGGACAUGACAUGCAGUAAGAGAUAAACAGAUGGUUUGCACAUAUAGACAGUGAGCAGAACAAUAAAACUAUUUAUUAACCA